AUGUCACAAGAAUCCGCCGAGGAUACGGAUCAAUCGUGGGAGCGCUAUUUUCAUCCGGCUCCGGCUCCUCCACCAAAUAUACGCUCUCAGCCCGCCCGGUUGCCACCCAUGCGAUAUCCUCGUGAUGGCUUUGACUUCCGGCGCCCGGCCGGUACCCCAGCUCAAGAGGAUAAUGUGAUCGAUCUCACCAACGAACCCGAGACACCCCCUCAAAGAACUCAAACUCGCACCACAGAUAACAGACCAUCAAGUUCAUCGCGGCCGCCCCGAUUUGGCAGACCUAUAUUGGCCCAGGAGAUCGUGGACUUGGAUGACGAGCCCGAUAAUCCCGCAGAAGGGCACUCUAGCAGCCCAGAAGUCCAAUUUCUCAGUGCGUCAGUGCGCCCACCACCGCGUACUCGACAUGAACUCGAGGCUCGGUUCCACGCGGCCAUUUGGGGCUCCUCAGUCCAUCGCAAUAACCCCCGUGCCCGACAGAUUUCCUCGGAAGUUGCAAUGUCAUUGCCAUCCUCGAUUAUGCCUUUUCGAGGCGCUGCUCGAAAUCUCGAUACACUAUUCUACGGUCAGAAUCGCGGUCUGGGCAAUAGUAUUGAUCAUGAGGAUUCUUUGAUCCUUGACUAUGGACUAGCAUCUUUUUCCAUGGAUCCAUCUACGGAAACCCCAGAGGAUAGGCGACGUGAAACUUACAAAGCACCUAGUCCAGUGCCAGAAGGCUUUACACGCACCCUAGCAGAUGACGAUGUUGCCAUUUGCCCGAACUGCUCCAAUGAACUCGGAGUUGGCGAAGGGAAGAAACAGGAAAUCUGGGUUGCAAAACCAUGUGGCCAUGUCUAUUGUGGCGAAUGUGCAGAGAAUCGUUCGAAGUCCAAGGCUAAGAAGACCAACACGGCCCAAAGAACAAAACCUUUCUCCAAAUGUCAGGUCGCUGACUGUGGUAAGCCGGUUAGUGCUCCUACGGCCAUGAUCCAUCUAUAUCUAUGA